UUUCUCCCUGAGGAAGCGAGGUACCAAAUCCAAUUUUCUGUUUCUUGUUUUCUCCUACUUAUAAAUUUCAUUUUUUACGCUCAAAAUUGUCCAUGAAAUCCCGGAAACGGCAGGAAAAUGAAAGAAAUUGAAAGUUCCGAUCCGUAAACAAACUCGCUGUUUAAUUGACCAUUUCUAUGGUUCCAGAGGUUCAUUUUCUUCUGUUUUCUCGAAUAUUCUCAGCAACCAAACGAAGCGUAAGCAAGAGAAUUCAAUUCAAUUGAGCAGUUGCUUGUGCUGCUUUUGCGGAGAUCAGCUGUUUAGCAAAAUGAAGGGCCGAGUUAGAUGGGAUGAGGCUAAUCUGGGAGAAAUCGAAGCAAAUAAACCUGUAAGGCAGAAAAUUACUGAGCCGAAGACGCCAUACCACCCUAUGAUGACCGAUGAUGAGGAUGGAUCUCUGUCUCCUAUACGGGGUAGCUUCAAUGAUUGUGUUGGUGAUGCAGUUCAUGCAGAAGCAAUACGAACUGCUUUGACCGAUGUGGCAUCAUCAAGUAGAAAGAACACCCCAAGAUCUACUGGCUGGACAUCAUCUGAGGAUGAGGCAGAUGCUAUGGAACAAGAUGAUGAAGAUUCUGAGACAGAUAAAAAUGGUAGGAGUUUUAGGGAGCACAGAAGAGCUCAUUAUGAUGAAUUCCAGAAAGUAAAAGAACUCAGGCGAAAAGGCUCCUUUCUCGAUGAUGAAGAUGAGGAUGAGGAUGUUGCGAUGGGUAAGGAGAAGAGAUCCGGUUCCUCGUUAACUGCUGGUGUGAAGGAAAUAGAUAUCGACGAAUAUGCUACUGCCUCUUCGACUAAAAAAACUUCCGGACCUCCAGCUAAUGGAGCUUAGAUCAAAGCCAAGCUAAGACUUCCAUUGAUGAUUUCACUGACAUUGGAUUACAGUUUUUGGUUGAUACAGAAUAUGCUUAUAUAAAUUCUAUUUGAAUCUUUCAAUAUGCUCUUUGUUUGUAAAUAGUUCACUUUAUUUCCCCUUCACUGUAACGUCGUUACGCAUACCAUUUCAUAUCCCCUUCCAUAAACAAUUUUUUCUGUUAGUUUUGAGUUUAUUUCAUCACUGUUUCAUGGUAUGAUACAUACAUACACAUACAUACAUUCAAACCAGACAAAAUCAUAAAGUCCAGAAACAAAUGAAAAGGAAAUAUGAGGCUCGAAUUUUUGCGUAAUGCUGACGUGUCACUGAUUGGCAAGAACCUUACCUCACAUAUACCACUUAAAUUGAUCACAACCCUCUUAUCCUUGACGCGUGAGGCUCGAGGCUUGAGAAUUAGAGCAAUGGAUUCGCAGUCCCAGAGCUCUUCAAUGGCCUCUCUUGCCUCCCAAAUUUGCAAUCACAUAGCCUCCAUCUUCACUAAACCAACCCACCCACACCCGCCAGUCUUAGACCUUUUGGUCAACGAGCUGUCUUCUGCAGCGGCCCGAAACGGCGGCGUCUUCCUUUACGGAGUGGGCCGAGAGGGCCUAAUGCUGAAGGCUCUGUGCAUGCGGCUGGCCCACCUCGGCCUCUCGGCUCACAUGGUCUUCGACAUGACGACUCCCCCAAUCUCCACAACCGAUCUACUCAUCGCCUCUGCGGGCCCAGGUGGAUUCUCCACCGUCGAAGCCAUUUGCUCCGUGGCACGAUCGCACGGUGCUAGAGUCCUGCUGCUAACUGCCCAGCCGGAGACGGGAUCCUGUGUGGCACACGCUAGCGUGGUGGGUUACGUGCCAGCGCAGACCAUGGCAAAUGAUGCGGAUGCUGGUGAUGUGAUGGAAUCUCGGCCGUUACUUCCGAUGGGGAGCGCGUACGAAGGGGCUUUGUUCGUGUUGUUUGAGAUGGUGGUGUAUAAGUUGGCUGAGGCCUUGGGUCAGACCUCCCCUGAGGCCAUACGAGCUCGCCAUACCAAUCUCGAAUGAAUGAAUGAGAUUGGAGUUGGACCCACCAAGGGCCGUAUGUUAUUUGGGCCUACGGCUCUCGGCCCAAAACAAAAUAAGCCCAUGGCUCACUUUGUAACCAAGAAGAAUAUAAAUAAAGCACAAGAUAAUUUCAGCU